GCUUGUUAGUGUUCCGCAAAUCCACAGCGGGAUCACCCGCACAACCGGGACACGAUCCCUAAACGCACAUACGAUAACACAGAGCCGCCUACAGGGUAGCUACGAUACAAACAGUUUCGCAAUUCACCAAAUGGUUUUUUAACGAAGCUAUUUUUGAAUUUAGUUCUUUUAUUAAAAGUGUAAUCUUCGUGUUGUAUUUUUAUGAUGUUGCGGAUUUUGUUCGGGUUUUAAAUAGUAGAAUUGUAUUUGUGCGGUCCGCGUUUGAAUUUGGAAGGCGAUUUUCGGGAAAGUUCGCGAUUUUCCGGGGGUGUUCGUGCGCUCUCGGAGGACUGAUUCGGGGUGCGUGUCGUGAUUCGAGAUUCGGUCGGACGAGUUAAACGCGGCGGCGGGCGGGUACACGGGCUCGCCGUGGCCGCCGCUGGAGCUCGACCCCGUGGGAUGGGGACGGAAACUGUAUCCAUCGGGAGCGCCCAGGUCAUCAGGCGGACUGAUGUUUGGGCUGCAUCAUCAGGAGGCUGCGGGCGGCCUCCACGCACAGCCGCGAGGGCCCGUCACCUCACUCAAGGAGGAACCUCUCACCAGGGCUUGGAUGACACCAAGCUCGCUAGUUGACAAUACGAAUAGCGUGGGUGUCGGCCGGGCUCAUUUCGAAAAGCAACCACCGAGUAACCUGCGCAAGAGCAACUUCUUCCACUUCGUGGUUGCUCUGUAUGACCGCGCCGGUCAACCGGUCGAAAUCGAACGAACUGCCUUCAUCGGAUUCAUUGAAAAAGACCAGGAACCUGAAGGUCAGAAGACAAACAACGGCAUCCAAUAUAGACUGCAAUUACUUUAUGCAAAUGGUAUUCGACAAGAACAAGAUAUAUUUGUCAGGCUCAUCGAUUCAGUAACGAAACAGUUCUACAACGAUUUAAAAACAUUCCAAAUUCAAACUGCCGAGUCCCUUUGUCAAUCGGUGCGCAGAGAAAGUUGGAGGUACCCGCCACGCGCCACCCACGCGGCAGACACGCGGCUGAUUGUCGUCACCGACGCCCGAUUAGGCCCUAAUCCGCACGCCCCCUGGUCAACUGAAAUGCAUUGCGUUUGA